AUGGAGCUGGAGUCGGGAAGAACUGAAUUUGGAGCCAUGGGAGAGUCGCUUCAACCUCAAACCCCAAGUCGACACGAGAAGAGUCUAGGAUUGCUUACAACCAAAUUUGUAUCUUUGCUGCAAGAGGCCAAGGAUGGAGUUCUAGACCUGAAAGCAGUAAGCAUGCCAUGCCUUACUCUUUGUUUUUGGCACGCGGAUGUAAAUUUAGCUUGUGGCUAGCUAACGUUAGGUAGUAGCAAUUAGCAUUCAAGGUUUUCGCAAGCUAGCGUUAACCGUCCAGCACAUCAGCGUGAUACGUUGGGGUCAAGUGUUUUUGUCUAUUUAUGUGUUUGAAUAGUUCAAUUAACUAGUUAGCUACAAUUUGCCCGUCCACUGAAUUUAGGAAAAGUUGGCUAGCCAGUUGCCAAGUAACGUUACCUCAACUCCUCUAUUGAGGUCAUACAGUCAUUGGUUGAGGUACUAGGCAGCAAGCUAGCCAGCUAACUUUUUCUAUUCUGCCCCCUGCAGACUCAAUGAAGACAAGCAAGCAAGGCUGCACAAUGUUGUUAUGAACUGGAUCUGGCAAAACAGUUAAAACCCAACCCGGUUUCAGAGUCACACACCCUUUUAUGUAGCUAGAAAUUAAAUAAAUCGGAUAGUCACCAUUAUCAUUGGUUAAAUUAUGCUGACAAUAUGUUAGGUUUUGUUUAGGCUGGGCUUGACUGACCACAAUGGAAUAGAUGUCAUCCCAUAGCAGCAAUGAGGAUUAACACAUCAUAGUUAUCAGCACUAGCCAUAUGUUUAUUGAUGUAAGUGCUUGUUGAACACUCAGCUAUGUGUAACUUUGAAGCUGAAUAGCUAAGCUUCCUUGACAUUAGUCUACCAAGCUAUUUGUUUUAAACUGUGGAAUUGUUCAAUGGACCCCCAAACUGCUCUACACUGAUGUAUGAAUAACAUUGACCACUCUUUCUCUCCCACAGGCAGCAGACACCCUAGCUGUAAGACAGAAGCGGCGCAUCUACGACAUCACCAAUGUGCUCGAGGGCAUCGGACUGAUCGAGAAGAAGUCCAAGAACAGUAUUCAGUGGAAGUAAGUCAAGGACAUGAGAAGGAACAUGGCAUUAUGGGCUCCGUUAGUAAAUCUUGGGUGGCACCCUAUCGCCAUUCAGAAACUACCAGUGUGCGAGCUGUCUUAUGUAAGUGAAAGCAGAUAAGGAGAGGUGUCUUAACUGUUUUCCUAUCAAUGCCUUGCCCUUGACUGUCGUCUUAAUUUAUGUGUGUGUUAUCCAGAGUCAUAUAUUUAGAGAGUUGGGCCAAUGGGGUUUCUGUCUGAACGUUCCAAGAGCGCCACUUUCUCCUCCAUAGCCAUUGCUAAGUGAUAACACUUCUGUGUUGUGCUCUCUAUUUCUGAUUAUAGUUUUCAAAACCUAUAAACAUUUCCAGUGAAAGUAGAUAUGCAAUUUGUUGAUACCACAACACUGUACAGACAUAUUUGCUGCUGUGUUUUGCGUGUUUAUAGCGGGUCAUUUUAUAGGGAGUUGUCGGAGGCACUCUCGCAUUGUUCCAUUACCAAAAUAUCGAGAAUAAAGGUGCUAACAUGGCCAAACUGUUUUAAUGUCUCUGGGCCUAUCUCUUUGUGAUACAUGUUUCCUGUCCCCAGGGGUGUUGGUCCUGGCUGUAACACACAGGAGAUAGCCGAUAAGCUCAUUGAUCUGAAGGCAGAGCUGGAUGAUCUGGACAAGAGGGAGCAGGAGUUGGAUCAGCAGAGGGUCUGGGUCCAGCAGAGCAUCAAGAACGUGACAGACGACUCACACAACAGCCCAUAUCCUUCACUACAAUCCCUCUAAACUUAGCAGAUCUAGUGUGUUAGUUACUAGAUAUUGGUUAUGGUGCACCCCAUGACCCCAAGAUGGUUUAGAUGGUAGUGAUCAGAUUUUUUAGCUCAAUGCUUAGCUCUUAAAUUCAUGUUGUAGUAGUAAAUAAACUCUUGGCCCUUAACACAAGCACACACUGGCUUAUGUAAAACACGAAGACCUUUGCAGUGCGUUCAAAGGUAAGUUUCUCUCAUAUAUUUUUCUGUGUGUUUUUCUUUCCCUUUUGAUUGUUCUACCUCCUUUUGUUUUUUUCCCCUCCCACUCACCCCGUCUCUGUUUGGCCUCCACAGGUGACACUCUCCUAGCGAUCCGCGCUCCCACAGGCACACAACUGGAGGUGCCCAUACCUGAGUCGGUAAGUGUUUGUACUGUAAGACCCAACUACUUUCCCCUUUCUGUCUCACCAUCCUCAGACCAGGGGUCUCCAACUUGGAUUCUGGCGAGCUGCUGGUUGUGCAUUGCCUGACGACUCACCCUGAACUUAAUUCCUCUUCUCUAUCGAUCGCUACAUACAUUCAGUCUGAAUCUGCCAUCCUAGAAGUCAUUUGUGUGACUUCAAAAUGAGGGGCGUUGUACAAAAUAAAUUAAUCAGCGAUUGGAUCGUCUCCAACAAAUCUAACCAAUCAGAAUAUCAAAGUUGAUAAGGUCAUUAUGUAGGCUGGCUCUGGCCCUACCCUUCGAUAUCUGAACGGUCAGAAUGUGUUUGCAUUUUAGAAAUCGUAGGGUGAGGGAGGCAAAUCUAUACUCAUCGUGGAGAAGAACUUCAGUUUGGCUGGAGCGAUGUGGAUGGGUAGCCAGCCAAGGUUGUGCAGACUUCUGUUCCAGCCUAGCACUAAUACUCCUUUUAAAAAUAGUAAACUAAUCGCAAUCUGGACAACGAUUUAUACAAUUAUAUGAAUCAAGUGUGUCAGUACUGGGGUGAAACAAAGGCCUACACGCAGCAGCUCUACAGAAUCUGAGUUGGACUUCCCUGUGCCACUACCGUCUGACUGAGUGAUUGUUGGCAGGUACUGAAUGGACAGAAGAAGUAUCAGAUCCGUCUCAAGAGCUCAGCAGGACCCAUUGAGGUUCUCCUAGUGAACAAGGACCCGUCCAGCCCGUCUCCAGUGGUACUGUCCGUCCCACCACCAGAGGACAUGCUCCAGAGCCUGCCAGUGCCUGCUACUGCUGCCAACCCAAAACCGGCACCUGCUGCCCCCUGCCAGCCUCUGGCCCACUCCUCCAACCCCAGUCCUGCCACAGUCUCACCUGCCUGCACAGCUACUACCAACCAGGCAGUCACCACCGCAGGUACGAUUUGGUCUUUAUCUGAGCAAUGUAGUUAUUACGUGUGUGUGGUGUUGGAGUGAAAUUGCAGCAAAAAAUGUAAUUCUCAUAUCACCAUCCUUCUUUUAAAGUGUCCAGCAACAACACCAGCACACUGACUGUUUCCACACCCACUACAAACAUAACUGCCCAACUGACUCCCCUGUUGGACACCCAGCCUCUCCUGUCCUCUGCCUCAUUGGAUGGCUGCUCUUCCUCUUCUUCAGCAGUCUUUGAGCCAAUCAAGACCGACCCCUCAGAAUGUAAGUGUCAUCUGCCGUUUCCCUAAGAUCAUGAUGCUUCUCUAUCCUGCUAAACAUUCAUACAAGGGGGAUACACAUACUAAAUAUACGUCAGAGUCAAGGUUUAUUUAGUGUGUGCACUCUUUGUAUCAAUCGUUUUUGGGAGUUGUUGAGUGAGUGACUAAUGUUUUCUGUGUUCUAUUUGUAGUGCUGUAUUUCCCCAAAGAACUUUCUGACAUGUUUGACCCGACUAAAGGUAAAGAUCACCUCAACAUAUUAUGAAAUCUAUGGAAGGAGUUGGCAAGUAUAACCACUGUAUGAACAUGCUAUUGCAGAUUAUAUCAAUGUAUAGACAAUAAUUUGAGAUUAUAGAUACCAGAAUAGACAUGUGCCUUUAUUCUAACCCCUCAUCCUCAUUUCCCAUAUCUCUCCCUCUCUUUCACACCGUCUCUCUGAGUAGAGAUCAUGAGUGCAGACCUGUUGGAGGAGUUGAUGUCUUCCGAGGGUAAGUUGACAUUUAUAAACUGGGUGGGUCGAGCCCUGAAUGCUGACAGCCAAGGUAUAUCAGACCAUGACUGGAACGAACUGCAAAAAUCUCUGAAGCUGGAGACUCUUAUCUCCCUCAUUAACUUUAAGCAUCAGUUGUCAGAGCACCUUACCGAUCACUGCACAUGUACAGAGCCCAUCUGAAAUUAGUCCACUCAACUACCUCAUCCCCAUAUUGUUAUUUAUUUUGCUCAUUUGCACCCCAGUAUCUCUAUUUGCACAUCAUCUCUUGCACAUUUACAUUUUAGUCAUUUAGGAGACGCUCUUAUCCAGAGCGACUUACAGUUAGUGAAUACAUAUUAUUAUUAUUAUUUAAUUUUUUUCAUACUGGUCCCCCGUGGGAAUCGAACCCACAACCCUGGCGUUGCAAACGCCAUGCUCUAUCAACUGAACUACAUCCCUGCCGGCCAUUCCCUCCCCUACCCUGGACAACGCUAGGCCAAUUGUGCGCUGCCCAUGAGUCUCCCGGUCGCGGCCGGCUGCGACAGAGCCUGGAUUCGAACCAGGAUCUCUAGUGGCACAGCUAGCACUGCGAUGCAGUGCCUUAGACCACUGCGCCACUCAGGAGACCACAUCUAUCAUUCCAGUGUUAAUACUAAUUAUAUUUUGCACUAUGGCCUAUUUAUUGCCUUACCUCCAUAACUUGCUACAUUUGCACACACUGUAUAUAUAUUUUCUGUGGUAUUUUUGACUUUAUGUUUUGUUUUACCCCAUAUGUAACUCUGUGUUGUUGUUUUUAUCGCACUGCUUUGCUUUAUCUUGGCCAGGUCGCAGUUGUAAAUGAGAACUUGUUCUCAACUGGCUUACCUGGUUAAAUAAAGGUGAAAUAAAAUAAAUAUACCACUGGUAUGACAAAACAUUUAUUUUUACUGCUCUAAUUAUGUUGGUAACCAGUUUAUAAUAGCAAUAGGUACCUCAGGGGUUUGUGGUGUAUGGUUAAUAUACCACGGCUAAGGGCUGUAUCCAGGCACUCAGUGUUGCGUGGUGCAUUGGAACAGCCCUUAGCCGUGGUAUAUUAGCCAUAUACCACACCUACUCGGCUCUUCUUGCUUAAGUAUACAGUUCUGCUGAUGUGGAUUUGCGGAUCAGCAAAGAUUUACUUAACCUAUCACAACUAAAAGAGAUUGUCUUUUAAUCUCUUUGUAUGUCCCUCUCUCUUUCCUAGUGUUCUCUCCACUCCUCCGUCUGUCUCCCCCUCCGGGUGACCACGACUACAUAUAUAACCUGGACGAAACCGAAGGCCUGUGUGACCUCUUUGAUGUCCCUAUCCUUAACCUUUGACCUCUGAGCUGAGUUCCCAAUAAUGUAUUAUGUAAGGAAAUCUAAAAAAACAUUUUUACCAUUUUCUAUGGGAAAAAAACAAAUGUGUGAUUCUAUUUUUGGAUCCUGGUGUAUUAUAAGAUGAUUUUUCUGUGUAAACAAUUAAGUGUUUUGAUGUCGUACCCAAAUAUUUCCACUAAACAUUGGCAGCAAAUGUUUCAGGGCGUAGUGGCUCUAGGUUAGAUAAAAAGGGGUAUAAAGAAAUAUAGUCCUCACUGAACUGAUGAUCUCUCAGGUGAAAUGCCUCGCAUUCAUGCUGAUUUGUGAUUAACUCUAUUCCCUCCAUCCAUCUUUGUUUGAAAUAUGUAUGUAACAAAUUGGCAACAGCUGUCAUCAUCACACUCUGAUCGUCAUCAACUCAGUGUCAACAGAUUCAGAGACACCCAGGCAGCUGCAUACACUCGGACAGUACGCACAAAUGGGUACAUACACACAGCUGAAAAUUAUGCGCUGUCGUUCUGUAUAUAGAGAAUAUUUAUAUUUUUUAUUAAGAGCCUUUGUGGAGUUGUGUGUAAUACAUUGAGACAGCAGUAGUGAACCAGGGUGCCAAACAAAGACAUGAGAAAGUUGAAGUGUUUCAGAUGUAGCGUGCAUUGGAUCAACUGCUACACGUUUAUCAUUCACUUUGGUCCCCUUGCCUUGUUUUGUCACUGUUUUAUUUCUCACCCAUUUCAUUCACUUUACAACAUUGUCUGUGGCAUUCUUGUUUUGUCUUGCAAUUAUUAUGUAUAUGAAUAUUAUUUUAUUCAGUCUGUAUGUAAAAGGACAUUUAUUUUUCUUUACAGAUACAGUAAUUAGUUCCUAAUGAAGUAGGUUAGCGCUUUGAGUGCUGGUCUAUAGUCUGUAUAUGUUGCUCUGAUACGUGUUCAAUAGAAAAAGGUCCCCCACAUGCUUUCACCAUGACUAUGGAAACACAAAUGUUGACUUCGUUCUUUCUGUGUGAGAGAAUAUUUGUUUAAAAUUUCCUUCUGUGUUCAUUCAUGUUUUCAUUCGUUCCCAGAAGAUAUUGUUUCCCUUUUAUUAAAGAAGAGCAUUUUUUAUAUAUACACUAUAUAUACAGUACCAGUCAAAAG